AUGGACGACAAGCCUUCCGUUGAGGACGAGGCCAGGAGGCCAAGUCACGGCUCAUCUCGAGUAGAGGAAGUCGGUGCAGAAAAAGUUCGCAUUGAACAUUCUCACAUGGUCAUGCCUGAAGCUCUCAUUGGGCUUUCGGAAGAAGAUAUCCAACAAAUCGGGCGAAAAGCAACCUUUAAACUGGACUGCUUUAUCCUCCCUUCCAUCACUAUCAUGUAUAUUAUGAAUUACCUCGACCGCCAGAAUAUCGCGAGUGCCAAAUUGGCGGACAUCGAUGUGGACCUCAACUUAUCAGCUGUAGAGUACCAGACAUCUGUGAGCAUUCUCUUUGCGGGAUACAUCUUGAUGCAAGUUCCAUCGAACAUCAUUGUUGGAAAAAUAGCCCAUCCAGCCGUCUAUAUAUGCGCCGCCAUGGCCGUUUGGGGUCUGAUUUCCGCACUGAUGGCCGUGGUCCAUAAUUUUGGAGGUCUCCUUGCCUGCCGAUUCUUUCUCGGGUUUGUCGAGGCCGUUUUUUUCCCAGGCGCGUUGUUCUACCUCUCGUUGUUCUACUCGCGAAAGCAAUUUGCCCUCCGAACAGCUAUACUUUACUCGGGUUCGCAAAUUGGAAAUGCUUUUGGUGGUCUCUUUGCCAUUGGGAUUCUGGAACUGGACGAGAAAAGGGGACUCGAAGGCUGGCGAUGGCUUUUCCUAAUCGAGGGAGUUCUCACCAUCUUCCUAGCAAUACUAUUCGCAUUCAUCCUUCCCAAUUCGAUCAAGACGCUCAAAGGAUUCUCCAACCAAGAGAAAGAAUGGGUGGUGUGGAACUUCGAGUCUGAUCUUGGCCAGCAAGAUAAUUCGAAGGAAGUGAGUGGGCGCCAGGGCCUCACAAUGGCCGGAACGGAUCCAAAGAUGUGGCUGUUCAUGACCCUCUUGACAUCGAUCUACAUCUCCGCUGCUGUCACGAACUUCUUCCCAUCCGUGGUUGGAGGCCUAGGAUAUUCGAGGAACAAGACCUACGGGCUCACAGCACCACCCUUCAUACUUUGUGUCAUCUGCAUGUUGAUCAACGGAUUCCACUCGGACCGGACGCAAGAACGCUACCUUCACAUCGUCUGUCCUUUGGCCAUCACCGUGGUCGCCAAUAUCAUUGCCGUGUCUACCCUGAACAUCGCAGCUAGAUACGUCGCAAUGAUGCUGAUGCCUGCCUCCUUCUAUUCCGCCUCGAUUGUGGUUCUCUCGUGGAUCGCCAGCAGUUUGAAUCAGCCAGCAGUGAAGCGAGCAGCAGCCAUUGCAGCAAUCAACGCAGUCUCCAACACCCCCAAUAUCUGGACAUCGUACCUGUACCGUUCAGCCCCUCGCUACAUCGUGGCUUUCGGUGUCAACCUAGCUGCAGCCGUCCUGGCCAUCCUGGUCGCAACCGUUAUCCGCAUCUACUUGCGCCGCGAAAAUGCAAAGAUGGACCGCGGCGAGGACGUAGGCAAGAGUGGUCCCACCGAAGCGCAGAAAGCUGCCGGCUUCAGGUAUACUCUAUAG